AUGGUAUUCAAUGUUUCAAAAGGAACCAACGUUUAUUCAGGAGUCUCAAAGGACUACACUGGACAUGAAGUGACCCCCGAAAAUUUCAUCAAAGUGCUUAAAGGUGACAAGGAACUCGCAGCCAAGGGCAAAAAAGUUUUGACCUCUGGACCAAAUGAUCACGUCUUCAUCUACUUCUCUGACCAUGGGGCAACAGGUCUUGUUGCUUUUCCUUCAUCGACCCUUUCAUCCCACCAGCUCAAUGAAGCUUUGGUUUACAUGCACGACAACCGAUUAUACGGUAAAUUGACCUUUUACCUUGAAGCUUGUGAAUCAGGGUCAAUGUUUGCCAACAUUUUGCCCUCGAACAUCAGUGUCUUUGCUACUACAGCGGCCAAUCCAGAUGAGUCAAGUUACGCCACUUUCUGUGAUCAACCCGACAUAAUGACCUGUUUAGCUGAUGAAUAUUCAGUUGCUUGGAUUCUUGACUCGGAAAGUAAUGAUCUUACUCAUGAAACUCUUGAAACUCAGUUCAAGAACGUUGUUAAAUCAGUUAGAAAUUCAUCACCCCAAGAAUAUGGUUCUAAGGAUUUGGGUUCCCUUGAUGUUGGUCAAUUCCAAGGAGAAUCAAAUAAACUCGACUCAAGAUCCAAAUUCAUCAAAACUUCGGGCUCGAUUAAUAGUCGCGAUGUGCCUUUGAUCAAUUUGAAACGUCGAUUAGCUUCAAAUGGCUCGAAUACCACAAAAGAAGUUCAAUCAAAACUAUCGACCCUUGUCUCUGGUCGUCGAUUCUAUGAUAGGUCAAUUCGACAAGUGAUCGACGAACUUUGUACCAAUGGAUUCUGUUCACAUGUUUCCGAUGUUCUUUCAAUUCGAUUACCUUUAAUUGACCAUAAAUCUUAUUCCAUAGUGACCAAAGCAUUUGAAACUGAUUGUAUCAACCUUGGUACUCAUUUCUAA